CAAAUUCAAGACGGCAUCGGCGGAACCAGUUUUUCUAUGCGUUUUCGGCGUUUUCGGUCAUCGGAAUCUCGACGGAGGAUAUAUUCGGAGGUCGACGGAGGUUAAAUAUUCCUGAACUUUUCCAUUACCGGUUCUAAAAUGGAUCGCUCAACGACGACAGCCGGUUCUAUUCCAAGGUUUAUCCCUUCAUGGUGUGGCAGUUUUCUGAUCCUGCUGCUGAGAUCCGAGGACCUCCAGCCUGGGCAGAAAUCACCAAUUCACCACCUUUACUUCCGGAAGUUCUUUUGGCCGAAGAUGACCCGGAAACUAAUUAAGGUGUUCGAUAUCCGGUCGGCCCGGGUUGCUACUGAAACCAAACUUUUCAACACAAUUCGGGACCCAGGAGGAGGUUUUUUUACCAUGAGACCUGAGGAGCUCAAAACCAUUCUUCCCGUUGUAGGCACCCACAGUGAUACGGAUACCCCAUCAAUCGGAUCGAAGCCGGGCAUUGGGCUCUUGAAAAACAUUCCUUCCCCCCGAAAAAUGGACACCCCGAUGGCAACGAUAGAUAGAUAUGGCUUUAAAUUAUGUUACUGGUUUAGAACUCUUAAAUCAGAAGAAUGGACGAGAUUAUAUGUAACUUUGAGGCUACCGUAGUUUCGAAUAAUAAACUUAAACUACAAAGUUUUGUUGAAUAAACUGUUUAAUCUAAAGUUUCUUAAAACCUUCUCCUAGCCGAAACGUCGCAUAUGCCGAUGUUUGCAAAAACUGAAUAAAACAAAAGUAGGGGCUAUAUUUACAAAAUUUGAAAAACAAUGUUUUGUUCACAGAAGAAAUGAAUGAAAAU